UUCCAUCAUGGCUCAAAUUUUCCAAGAAGGCAGCACCGAAGAGCGAGGCGAGAAUGCAAGACUUAGCGCAUUCGUCGGUGCAAUUGCGAUUGGAGAUCUGGUGAAGUCGACUCUCGGACCAAAGGGACAAGACAAGAUCCUACAAAGUGCUUCGACCGGCGAGAUCAUGGUGACAAACGACGGCGCGACCAUUCUCAAGAGUGUAGCAUUGGACAACGCAGCGGCAAAGGUCUUGGUGAACAUUUCAAAAGUGCAGGACGAUGAAGUAGGAGAUGGAACAACAAGUGUGGCCGUCCUCGCAGCAGAACUCCUCCGCGAAGCCGAAAUUCUCGUCAACCAGAAAAUCCACCCACAGACCAUCAUCGAAGGAUACCGGAUAGCGAGCGCGGCGGCACUGAAGGCAUUGGCGGAGAGUGCGGUGGAUCACAGUGACAACGCGGAGCUGUUCAGAAAAGAUUUGAUUGCAAUCGCACGGACAACUCUCAGCUCGAAAGUGUUGAGUCAAGACAGAGAUCAAUUUUCGGAGUUGGCUACGGAUGCGGUGUUGAGGAUGCGCGGAUCGACAGAUCUUACACACAUUCAGAUCAUCAAGAAGGCGGGCGGAAAACUCUCAGACUCAUACCUCGACCCGGGAUUCAUUCUGGAUAAGAAGUUCGGCACCGGGCAACCUAAGCGGAUUGAGAAUGCGAAGAUUCUCGUCGCCAACACUUCCAUGGACACGGACAAGGUCAAGAUCUUUGGCGCGAGAGUCAAGGUGGAAUCCACAGGCAAGCUCGCCGAGCUGGAGAAAGCCGAACGCGAAAAGAUGAAGUCCAAGGUGGAGAAGAUCAAGGCACACGGCAUCAACUGCUUUGUCAACCGACAACUCAUCUACAACUGGCCCGAGCAACUCUUCUCGGAUGCGGGCAUAGCCUCUAUCGAACACGCCGACUUCGACGGUGUUGAGCGCCUGGCUCUCGUCACCGGUGCUGAGAUUACAUCCACAUUCGACCAUCCGGAACAUGUCAAGCUCGGCCACUGCGACCUCAUCGAGGAGGUCAUCAUCGGCGAGGAUAACCUCAUACGCUUCUCCGGCGUCGCUGCAGGACGCGCCUGCACCAUUGUCCUCCGCGGAUCCUCGGAACAACUCCUCGAUGAAGCCGAGCGUUCCCUCCACGACGCCCUCGCCGUCCUCUCCCAAACCGUCAAGGAACCCAUGACCACUCUCGGCGGCGGCUGCGCCGAAAUGCUCAUGUCCAAAGCCGUUGACCACGCCGCGCAGAAUGUCGCCGGAAAGAAAGCUCUCGCCGUCGACUCCUUUGCCAAAGCACUCCGUCAAUUGCCUACCAUUCUCGCCGACAAUGCAGGUCUCGAUUCCGCGGAUCUGGUCGCUAGAUUGCGCAAGGCGAUUUACUCGGGCAUGUCGAGCAGUGGACUGGAUUUGAUGCGUCCGGGUGGUGGCAUUGCGGAUAUGAGGGAGUUGGGUGUGGUGGAGGCGUUCAAGUUGAAGAAGGCGGUUGUGAGCAGUGCGAGUGAGGCGGCGGAAUUGCUGUUAAGAGUGGAUAAUAUCAUCCGCGCAGCGCCGAGGGCGAGGGAGAGGAUGUAA